AUGAAUGUUUUAACAUUCAUGGAUGAGACAAAUAUUGAUGAGAAAAAAAUUAAAUAUCCCACGUUCGAUUUGCUUCGUCGUGCAUUAAAAGAACAACGUCGAAUUGAAGUACUCGUAAGAGAUUGUCGUGGAAUCUAUGCUGUAUUAAUUGGAUGGCUAUUAGCAUUUGACAAACAGAUGAAUUUAAUAUUGUCGGAUGUUGAUGAAGUAUUUCGACGAUUAACAGAUGGUAAAGACUUUAUUCAAUAUGGGGCAAAUGAUAAUAAUGUCAAUAAACAUGAACAACAAAUAGCCGAUGAGAAGAAAAACGAUAACAAAAUGAGUAUGAAACCAGUGGCAGAUUACGAUACAUUUCGUCAACAAUUAACAAAUUUUUUAAAACAUAAUCCAAAAAAACCGUUAGAAAUAGUGAAGAAAAAUGUAGUAAAAAAGGAAAUUAUUUCGGAUGAUGAAGAAGAGGAUGAAUUCACGAGCGAAUGUCAACCAGAAAAUUUACUUCGCAUUCAUUUAUUGAAUACUGAAAAAUCUUCUUCAUCAAUUCCACCACAAAUAGUUAGUAAAAGAGCCAAACCACGAUUUUUCUCUAGACAUAUACCAAAAUUAUUUGUAAAAGGAAACGAAAUUUGUUUAGUUCGACUUUUACUUUGUUAA